AUGGUAAAAAACUCCAUGAAAUGCAGAGAUAUUGUUUUAGAGGAAGCCGAGGAACACAGGGCUACUUUGGACCCCAACUCACCUCGAGAUUUCAUUGACUGCUUCUUUAUCAGAAUGGACCAGGAGAAGCACAAUGAGCCCUUUGAGCUCACCAUGGAGAACAUGGUCAUCUGCAGCCUGGAAUUGUUUGGUGCAGGAACUGAAACGAGCAGCAUGACAAUCCGAUAUGGGCUCUUGAUCCUCCAGAAGUACCCAGAGAUAGAAGAGAAAGUGCAGGAAGAGAUUGACCGGGUGGUUGGCCGCUCCCGAAUGCCCAGCAUGGCUGACCGUGGACAGAUGCCUUAUACCGAUGCCGUCAUCCAUGAGAUCCAGAGGUUCGUCUCUCUUUCUCCAAUGUCCGUGCCACAUUCCGUGGUCAAAGACACGUCAUUCAGAGGAUACGUCAUUCCAAAAGGCACCACCGUCAUGCCUGCUCUGAUCUCGGUGCUGUACGAUGGCAAGGAAUUUCCCAACCCCACUAAGUUUGACCCAGGACAUUUCCUGAACAAGGACGGGACCUUCAGGAAGAGCAACUACUUCGUGCCCUUCUCGGCGGGCAAACGGAACUGCGCAGGAGAAGGCCUGGCCCGCAUGGAGCUCUUCCUGUUCUUCACCUCCAUCCUCCAGAACUUCAAGCUGAAGCCUCUCAUGGACCCCCAGGACAUCGACCUCUCCCCCUUGGAAGGAAGAAUGGACAAUUGCCCUCAGCCGUACAAGUUCCGUGUUAUCCCACGCUGA